AUGGCAGAGAAGGAAGGAGGAAUUGUCAAGAAGGGUCACCAAGAGGGGACAAAAAUGUCAGUUGCUCUUCUGGAAGAGUUCGGACUCCCAUCGGGACUGCUCCCUCUCGCUGAUGUGAUCGAGGUCGGUUUUGUGAGGAGCACCGGGUACAUGUGGAUCCUGCAAAAAGAAGAAAGUAGAACACAACUUCAGAUGAUAAGCAAGCUUGUGAGUUACGACACUGAAAUAACUGGUUAUGUGGAGAAGAAACAGAUCAAGAAGCUCAAAGGAGUCAAGGCCAAGGAGCUCGUGCUAUGGCCUCCAGUCAACCAGAUAACCAUCGAUGACCCACCCACCGGAAAGAUUCACUUCAAGAGUCUUGCUGGAAUCACCAAGACUUUUCCGGUUGAGGCAUUUGCUGCUGGGCUGAUACAAUGGCAGAAGACACAAGCUUGGAACUAUACAACUUUCCUUGGAAAUGGGAUGGACAAUAGGCUACUUGCUUCCCUGAGAGCACCGAGAACUAAUUCGACCUUGCAAGCAUGUCAGAUAGUAAGCCGAAGGCUAAUAUCUGAGGGUAAGCCUUUAGUGCGUAGGUGCAGAAGUGCGUCAGUGCGCAAAGCCGUAGUCCUUCUUGUUCUUGGCAAUGGCUUGUUAGGUGCGGUGCCUUAA